AUGGAGAAAUUGAGGCGUAUUGUUGGGAAUGGUAGAGUUGAUAGUAUGUUGGAUGGUUUGCAAAAUGAUAAGUGGGCAAAUGCAUUUUUUAGAAGGAAACAAUAUGGUGAGAUGUCAUCUAAUGCUACCGAGUCUUACAAUAAUUGGAUUGGUGGGGCCCAAAAAACCCUAAUCGCUGUCUAUACCUCACUCUCAGUCUCAUCUCAUCUCAUCUCAUCAUUGUCUCUCUCACUCUCUCGUUUCGUUGUUCAUCUCCAUCUUCUGCACCGAUCGGCGAUCACUCUCAUCUCAUCACUGUCUCUCUCACUCUCUCGUUGUUCAUAUCAUCGCACCGAUCGUCUCACUCUCUCAUCGCACCGAUCUAUUCACGGGGCUGUUGAUCACCAAUAUGAGGGUAAUAUCUUUGCCAUAGCUGGAGCUCAAGUAGAUAUAUGGGAUCAUAAUAGGUCCCAGCCUGUGAAUAGCUUUGAGUGGGGAAAAGACACAGUUAUAUCUGUUCGAUUUAAUUCUGGGAAACCAAAUAUCUUGGCCACAUCAGCUAGGAGAAUUAAGGAGUUGAAGACAGACAUUGAUGUUCCUGAUGACGUUAUUAAUCAAUUCAAGAACUUCUGGUUGAAUUUCAAAGAUACACCUUUAAAAGGGAGGAAUGCCAUUCUGCGAGUUGCAUUAACACUUAUUGGAGGUGUGCAACAUGCUGAUGCUUCUGGGACGAAAGUUCGAGGAGAGUCUCAUUUGCUUCUGGUUGGUGAUCCAGGUACUGGAAAGUCUCAAUUCUUGAAGUUUGCUGCUAAAUUGAGCAAUAGAUCAGUUAUUACUACUGGUUUGGGAAGCACUAGUGCUGGAUUGACAGUUACUGCAGUCAAGGAUGGAG